CCCAAAACGCCCUCAGCCAUCCUAUCGGGUCCUGCUAUGCUAGUCAUACCCAACUUUUACUUGAUUACUAUGGCCUUAUGAUCGAAUCUAGCGCAUGGUUGGCGUGUGUUAGUUCGCUAAUUUUGCCCAACAUCGCUGUGUCGAUCUCAUGUAGGUUAGUUGCUAGUCCUUCUGACCAUGCCGACUUUUCGAUUCUACGAAGUACAAGUAAAGAAAACAUGGUAAUGGACGGCGACCUGCUCCGCUCCGCUCCGCAAGCAAGAUGCAGGCCUAUUAGACGAAUAGACAUGCUGCUCUCGACGCUACUAUGGCUAAGCUUGUACUAUAUCAUCUAUUUUAAGCGCUAAAAUACGAGCAAAAGACCCGCCGCUGUGGAAGCUCCAUCUAUUAUUAUCAUUCUACCAAAAUAGAUAUAAUAUAUAAACAUUACCCAUCUGUGUCCAAUCUUCUACUAAAUAUUGUUAAUGUACCAAAGGCGAAUGGGCGUAUACGGCGAGAAAGAGAGACCAUUUCUUAU